UGCAGUAUAACCUUUAUGACGUAAUUUUAAUAACCAAAACAAGCUGUACUAUUCAAUAGCACUGUAACCAACUGUUACGUAUAUUACAAUACAUAUAUAUUAUUCAUCAUAAUGACAUCUAAAGAGGAUUAUAAAACUAACAACCGAAGGUUGGCAACAGUCGGGAGUAAAAAACGACUCAGUAUUGAUGAUCGUUUAACAAUUUUGAAAAGAUUAAAUAGUGGUGAAAAGGCUACUCGACUAGCAGAGGAAUAUAACAUCAGUAAUGGAUCAAUUCUACGUAUAAAAAAAUCUGGAGAAGAGUUACAAAGAAAACGAGAUAUUCUUCAAAUGACUCACAAAAAUGAUGAUUCAUGGAAAUCCAAAAAAAGGUGCACGAAUAUUGAAGGCAGUAAAUUGGAACAAAGUUUAUACAAUUGGUUUCUUCAAAAACGAAGUAUUGGUGAUCCUGUAACUGGGCCAAUGUUAAAAGAAAAAGCACUGGAAUUUAAUACUCUAUUAAAUGGUUCUUCAAAUUUUAAAGCUAGUAAUGGUUUUUUGGAUAAAUUCAAGAAACGGCAUGAUAUUAGAUGUAUACGUAUCCAUGGGGAGAAACUCUCUGCAGAUAAAGGUGUGAAUGAUAAAUUUUGCCAAGACUUCUUACAAUACGUCAGAGAAAAACAAAUACCAUUAGAUACAAUAUACAAUGCAGAUGAAACUGGCCUCAAUUGGAAAAUGUUACCAAACAGAACAUUGGUCUCACAUACAGAACUUGCAGCUCCGGAAAGGAAAGCACGUGAAGACAGAGUUACACUAAUGAUGUGCACUAACGCUUCAGGAACCCACAAGCUUCCACUUUUAGUUGUGGGAAAAUAUAAAAAAUCAUGUUUUAAAAAUGUACAUUCUCUACCAGUUAUUUAUAUGUCACAGAACAAUGCUUGGAUGGACAAAAACUUAAUGUUAAGAUGGUACUAAGAAGUGUUUCUUCCAGAAAUAGAAAAGGUUCAUGGAGUCAAUACUAAGCAAUGUAUUCUUCUUUUGGAUAAUGCUCCCAGUCAUCCACCAA